CCGAGUUGUGCGCGCAGGGAGACGGGCAGCAGAGCGAGAAACAACCCGGUGUUUUAUCGGAACAGAGUGGAUUUUUAAGAACCGACACUGCAACAUUUGGACUGUUGGAUUUAAAGGAAAAUAUUAAUUUUAAAUCAAAGCAAGCUGUAAAAAAAAACCCUCCAAAAAACCGGCUGCGCGGGCGUGUAGGAUUAUGAGCGUGUUUUCUGCAGGGAGAGCAGAGCAGUGCAUUUGAGUGGGACAUGGCAAACGGAGGGGACCAGUUCGGCCUUGCGGAGAGUCCGGACUCGGACUGCAUGGAUUCCCCAAAAGAGACCAAACCGGAAAAUCCGAGCUACACCUUAAACUCUCCAGCCUCUUCCCCGCAGACAGCAUCCAGACAGCAGCCAGCGGCUACUACUACGGAGCAGAAUGGAAUGGAAGGAAUCAAAGUUUUCCUCCACGACAGGGAACUUUGGACAAAGUUUGAUGAAGUGGGAACUGAAAUGAUCAUCACCAAGGCUGGAAGGAGGAUGUUUCCCAGUUACAAGGUGAAAGUCACGGGACUCAACCCAAAAACCAAGUACAUACUUCUGAUGGACCUUGUGCCCAAGGACGACCACCGAUACAAAUUUUCCGACAACAAAUGGUCGGUAACGGGAAAGGCAGAGCCCGCGAUGCCCGGGAGGCUCUACGUCCACCCGGACUCCCCGGCCACCGGGGCGCACUGGAGCCGCCAGCUCGUCUCUUUCCAGAAGCUCAAACUCACCAACAACCACCUGGACCCCUUUGGACACAUAAUACUCAACUCCAUGCACAAAUACCAGCCUCGCCUCCAUAUUGUCAAGGCGGAUGAGAACAACGGCUUUGGCUCCAAAAAUACGGCUUUCUGCACCCACAUCUUCUCUGAGACUGCCUUCAUCGGUGUGACGUCCUACCAGAACCACAAGAUUACACAGCUGAAGAUAGAGAAUAAUCCUUUUGCUAAGGGCUUCAGAGGCAGCGAUGACAAUGAGCUGCACCGCAUGGCCAAGCUCCAAGGGAAGGACUUCCCUGUGGUCCCUCGCAGUACUGUCCGUCAGAGGGCCUGCUCCACCGGGAGUCCCUUCAGUGGGGAGGGUCGGGGUCUGCGGGGCUCCCCUGAAACAGUGGGGUCCCCGUUCAGCUGUGAGAACCGUUUGAGUCCCCAGGAGCUGCUGAGGGCCCCCCCUGCGCACUACACCCUGGCCCCUCCUCACAUGCAGCACAGCCACCAGCCGCAGGUCUACUGCACCAAGAGGAAAGUGGGGGAGAACUGCUCUCCAGGAAAUCGCCAGCAGCCGUAUAAGAAAGCCUUCACCGGUAGCUCUCCAAGUGAGGGCGAGUCUUACUACCACCCCUCCUCCUACCCUCCUCCUCCACCCGGUCUAUCCAACAACCCUCUCACCGACUCCCCCUACAGCUCAGACAUGGGACAGCGCCAGGCGUGCAUGUUUGCCGGAUCUGAACCCAGACUGGAUGAACUCAACUGUACAUCCUGGUCCUACAGCAGCCCUCCCCCCUCUGCCAUGACCCCCAUGGAUCCCUACCCACCUUACACCCCUCACCCCCCCUACAGCUCCAGCCCUCAGGGUUCCCGACUCAGCGCCAUAGCCAACCAGAGCUCUCCGACGCUGGGAGAACACAUCGGCCACCACCCCUAUCCGAGCCAGAGUGCCGCACCUCCACCUCAGAGCUCCCAAAACAUUCACAGCAGGCAGGUCAGCCCUCCUCUCAGAGAGUACCCUCGCUACACUCCCAACCUGUCUCCUCCUCUCUACCACACACUAGAGACACACACACACAUCAGGUGUGUCGUACCAGAAUGGAGUGCAGCCUCCUAACUGAACCAGAGGACAAACCCCAAAGACUGAUACAUGGACAGAGAUUCCUCGUCUCAUAUUCAGUGACCGUUCUUUCUGCUAUUCUGAAAGAUGCUGGCUGU